AUGGCAGGCACCAAGGAGAAGAAGCGCACCAACGGCGUUAAGCGCGAGCUAAACGCGACGAGCGAGCCCCCUACUAAGAAAGCGAAAUUGCUCGACAACACCGACGAUGAAGGCUCGGACAGCGACCAUGGCGGAGUGUCGCUCCAGGUCAACGAGGAAUACGCUCGCAAAUACGAGCACAACAAAAAGCAGGCAGAGAGAUUCCGAUUAGAGGAAAAGUACGGCAAAGACAAAGCGUUCGCAAACGGCGGCGACGAAUCCGAAGACUCGGAAGAAGGCGUGGAGGAGGAUGACGCAGCCGAACUGCUCGACGAGGAACUCGACGAACAGGUCAAUGCUACUCUCCAGGCUUUGCGCGCAAAGGAUCCUCGUAUCUACAACAAGGAAGCCAAGUUCUACAAGGCACUUGAGGAGGGCGAAAAUGGCGCAGAUGAGAAGGAGAAGAAGGAGGCGUCCAUGACACUGCGAGAUUACCAUACCAAGAAUCUACUUGAGGGAAAGUUCACGGUUGAAGACGAGGACGAAGAUGCACCGCCCAGGACAUAUGCACAGGAACAGGAGGAUGCUAGGCAAGAUCUCGUCAAGGCGCUCAAGGAUGCGGAUGAAGAAGAAGACGACGACUUCAUCGUUGCAAAGGAGAAGCCAGAGAAACCCAAGAACGACCGAGUCAAGAUCACUGCCGAAGACGUCGAGAAAGCUGACCAAGACCCCGAGACAUUCUUGUCCAACUUCAUGGCGUCUCGCGCUUGGGUGCCGACACAAUCUGCCCGCUUCCAGCCCCUCAUGUCCGACGACGAAGACGAAGACGCCGCUGCCGACGAAUGGGAAAACUCAUACAACCUAUACUUUGAGGACACAACUGGCGCAAAUGAGAAGAUUAUGACAUACGCGCGUGACGCCGUCGCAAGCACUACGGUUCGCCGAGACGAUAAGACUGGUCGAAAGAAGGCUCGUGAAGCUGCAAGGGCGAAGAGAGAAGCCGAAAGGAGAGAAAAGGAGCAAGAUCUUGCACGUCUCCGAAAGCUCAAGGUCGAAGACAUGGAGAACAAGGUCAAGCAGAUCCGCCAGAUCGGAGGUCUCAGCGGCAGGGAUUUCAAGAUAGAAGAGUGGAAGGAUGUAUUAGAAGCCGACUGGUCAGACGAGCAAUGGGAUGCCGAAAUGCAGAAGCGCUUUGGUGAUGCAUACUAUGGCGAGGCUGGCGUAGAGGACGACGAAGAGGGCAGCAAGAAGAGCAAGAAGCCUAAGAAGCCCAAGUUCGACGACGACAUUGAUAUCAAGGAUCUUGUCCCUGACUUCAAGGACGACUCGGACGAAGAGCGACCCGACCUCUCAUCAGAUGAUGAGAUGCCCGAUGCUGCAGCCGAAGAUGACGACCACGACGAAGCAGAGGCCGGUGCAUCAUCCAAGAAGUCAUCAAAACAACGCAAACAAGAACGCGCAGAAGCUAAAUCCACCGCGCGUCGCGACCGCCGCCUGAUAGAGAACCUCGUCAAUGAAAACCUCGAAUACGAGGCCGCGCUCGCUUCCAAGCCCUCCAAGGCCGCCUCCCGUUUCCGCUACCGCGAAACAUCUCCCACAAGUUUCGGUCUGACUGCGCGCGACAUUUUGCUCGCAGAUGACAAGGCGCUGAACGACUUUGCUGGACUGAAGAAAUUGGCUGCAUUCAGGGAUCCCAUCAAGAAGAAGAAGGACAAGAAGUUUCUCAGUAAGAAGGCUCGCAUCAGGCAAUGGAGAAUAGACACUUUUGGCGAUCCAGACGGGCCCAAGGGUGGAUUUGAGAGCCUGCUUGGUGAAGAAGAGGCUGCUGCUCCUUCUGGGCGCGACAACGACAAUGACGGCAAUAUUGUCGAAGGCGAGAAGAAAAAGAAGAAGAGGAGUCGCAAGAGGAAGGCUGCUGCUGUCGAAGCGUAA